GUCAGAUCGCAACUCCAUGCGCGACACCUUGGCAAUUCCAUGGCGCAUUCUCCAACUCACCACUGCAUACUUUGGAUGACGACGUCCCAGUCGCUCGUGGUGCUGGACGCGGCGAACGUCGCCACGGUCGUGCGAGGAGCGGUGCGGAUUCAACGGCUGCAGCAUGCCAUCGACCACUUCGAGUCCCUCGGGAUUCGGUGCAUUGCGUUUGCGCCAGGGUACUGGGUCAAGUCGAAAACCCUCACCCCUCGAAGUCGUUCGCAGCAGUCGGCGGAGAUGGAGUUGGACCAAAAAGCCGAAAUGGCAGCUGUCCAAGAGCUCGUUUUGCUCGAAAAGGUCGUACUCACGCCCCCCCAAGCCCACGACGAUUUGUUUAUCAUUGACUACGCGAUCAAGCACGAUGGUUUUGUCGUAACGAACGACAUGUUUCGUGAUCACGUGGCCAACAAGAUGCAAUUUCACGGCAAAGAACUCACAGAAACAUGGGUGAAACGCCACUGUAUCACAUUUGCUUUCGUUGGCACGGAAUUUCUUCCCAGUGCCCAGCACAUGCAAGCCCUCCUUCGCCAAAAACAGCCCCCCUCCAAGGCUGUCAAAGCCAGUAGUAGCAGGAGCAGCAGUCCUCGCCCUAAUUCUUUCGGCGCAGGGUCCAAUAACGACGAAGUUUGCAGCGCAAAGAAACCACCAGGGGCGUCCAAGGCGUCUCCAAGUAAUCGAAGCAGAAGCAACAGUCCCCGCGUCAAGCCGACAACAUCUUGGAAGGACGAUACCUUCUCCAAGGGAGGCUCGGAGGCUCGACUGGUGGCAGCAGCCACGUCCCCCCUGACCAUCAUUACGACGUCACUCGAGCAGCAGCAGCAGCAGCAUUGCGUGGAUGACUUGAGUUUUGAAGAAGAAGUUCGGGCGAGUUUAACACCCGGCGUUGUCGAACCGAAACAGCCGCGUAGGGCCAAAACACCGUCGAAAUCUCGAGCGUCUACGCCGCGGAACAACUCCGAGUCGAACAACAUGUACCGGAGCCUCGAUGAAGCCUCCACGUCUAGCGACGACGACAAGGUCCCUGACCAAGGCAAGACGCACGCCGCCACACCCGACGAAGAGCCCCAUGAGCCUGCUAGACCCAAAAAUGUGCAGGAAGGGUGGAAUUUGCUGCAGUCGAUCAUUGCCAGGAGCAACCCGCCUUCUUCGAUCCCCACUGCCGCGUCAAAUAACAAUCAGGAGGAGACCCAAGGCAGUUUUCCGACCAAAGAGGACCACCCCAAGCAACUCGAAGACGAGACGAAGGCGUUGUCGCCGUCCCAGAAGAAGCGGGGACGUCGUCGAGCCAAGAAACAAGCGGCUGCUGCGAUGGUGUACCGCGGUAAGCUCUGGGCCAUGAUAGCCAUCCCGUUGGUGGGGGGGCUGGUACUAAAAUCACUCGUUAGUGCGAACCCCCACCCAUAGGGAGAGCGUGGAUUAAGACGCCGUCUUACAGUAUUUGGAGACAAAGACAUCAUCCACUUGACGGCUGCUUCGUUGAGAAAUCAACUCAAUGAACUCCAUAACAACAUCGUGUUACAUUGCAUUGGUCUAUUGUUA